AUGACGUCAUCGAAAACGAUGGUUUCGCUGGUCGUGCUCCUGCUGAUCUGGCGAGAAGUUUCGGCCGAUGACAAGACGUGCAUUCAGUGCGCGACGCCGUCGAUGAACGAGAAUUGGGCCCAGACGGGCUUUCCGUUGAAGCCCAGCGGCCUGAAAUUCGAUAAAGAGUGAGUAUUGUAGUAGUCUGAAAAGCGUGUGGGCGCCUAAACGAUUUAACGAGGUCUUUUUUCAUGUAUUCUUUCAGCUGCGCAACCGCCGACGCGUCGGCGAUCGACAGUUCGCUGCUCUCGCCGAACUGUGCCUCGUCGUGCUUCGAACUGAUGAUUCCGGUGGAGCACGUGUACAACUACGUGCGUGGGUGCCACGAGCAGUUCGUGUGGGACGAGAUGAAGGUUACGGUCACGAAUGAGACGGGCACUUGCGAGGUGAACCAGGUGCCGGACUACGGGACCGUCACGCCGCUCAGCUCGGACAAGGAGCAGACGAGUGCCUAUGUGAGUUCAAUGUUUGCCGACUAGACUUCAGAUCUUACGACAAUUUGCUUUCAGGCCGGAAUCGCGUUCUGUAAGCCGACUUCCGAGGAGACCAAGUGCAACAAGAAGCUCAUCGACACGACGGUUUCGAAUACCGGAGUGGCCACCUGUAAUUCAGGUAUAAACUACCAUACGCCCAAAUCGUACUGUAGUUUCUAGGAUCGGUACAUACUUGCAAGAGUUGUGGCGCGUACGAUGGGUCCGGCGAGUGUUCCGCAGGGACCAGCGGCACUUGCAAAGGCGUCUACUGCACGAAAACGAUCGGAAAGAUGAAUGGUGAGUGGUUGUGGACGAUGCGCCGGAUCUUGCGACACUUUGCGUCUCCACAGUAACACUCGAAUACAUCAUAUUUGACAACAAUUUCUCUAAAAGUUACCGUAACCUCUUUCAGGCCACAACUACGAGUCCCGCGGGUGCGCCAGCUUCAACCCGUUCGCCCAGGACGUCUGCUCGUGGACCGAUCAGAUUUUCAACGUCUCCACUGGCGUCGACACGGCCCAAAUCUCGUCCCGAUCCAAAAGGGGCGUGUCCUUGAGCUUCCAGGCGAAUCAGUGCUUUUGCCAAGGUAGGAUGCCUAACUUUGAAUGAGGAUUUCUCCGCUGAGAGACGUCAUGAGGUUCUACAAUGCUUUUUGGGAAAUGUUGAGGUCUGGUAGGUGAUGUUUGUAGUUGAACUUUUUUUUGGUAGGACCACUCCCAUUGCGACAAGUUUAGUGCAGUGAAUUCGUGUCCCAACUUCCAAAGACUACAGUACCCCGGGAACUGAUUUUACCCAAAAACGUUCAACUACAAAAAUAACCUACGAGACCCCAAGAUAUCCCAAGACAAUUUUGAGAACAAAAAAAUCUGCGUUCAAAGCAACGCCAUCAAUAUUCGAUAGUGUAGACCUCUCAAAAAGUGUCAUUUUCAGGCGAGCUGUGCAAUUCGUCGCCCGCCUCCUUCUCCACACUUCUUCUCUCAACGCUUUCACUCAUUUUUCUUGUCUCCACUUAA